AUGAAGCAUGAAAGUGUGAAGGCAAUGCCAUUCUCACUAGUGUAUGGUGCAGAAACGGUCCUCCCCAUAGAUAUGAGUAUCCCUUCAGCAAGGAUAAUGCUAAAUGAACAAGAAGAACAAGCUUUGACGAUAGAAGGAUUGGAAGAUAAAAGUGAGGAAGCAAGUCAAGAAUUGCUGAAAAAUCACAGACGUAUAAUAUUGGCAUAUGAUAAGAUGGUCAGACCAAGAAUGUUCACUGAAGGAGAAUUGGUAAUGAAGUCGACAUACGCUAUUAUGAAGAAUCAAGCAAUCUCAAAGUGGGCAGCAAAGUGGGAAGGGCCUUACGUCGUCCAGGAAACCAACCCAAGUGGUUACUGCACUUUAGAGAACCCUAAGACAGGAAAACGAGUAGGUCCAUUGAAUUUUAAGUAUGUGAAGAAGUUUUACAUGUAA